AUGCGCCAGCCAAAUCCACCUGUACAGGGAGAAUCAUCAAAUUACUACCAUAGAUUGCCUCCUAUUCCUUCAAACGCGCCCCCAGUUUUCCAUCCACCGCCUCCGUUGCUGAACCAUCAUUCCGAUGGCUCGCCCAAGCCCCCCGUGCCAGCAAGACCACCCCACCCAGACGCCUUUCAGAGACCAUUAUCUGCUCAAGGACUUGUCACAGGCGAAUCUAGCCCCUUUCCUGUGCCGCCACCACCUCCUCCUUUGCCGCCUCGAGUGGGGCAGGCGGUGACCCCGCCAGCUACCCUUGGUCAGAAUCCAAAUCAAGGGUUAUACGUGGAACAUGCACUCCAACGGCCGCUCUCUCAAAUGAACCUCAACGGCACGAUGUAUCCGCAUCCUACCACAGCCUUCGAUCUCCAGCGACAGGGAUAUAUGCGCCAAGAGGAAGAGAGGAAAAUGUUCGAAGAAAUCCGGUUGGAAAAAGAACGACUCAGAAUGCAACGAGAAGAGCUUGAACGUCAGCAAGUCGAAAUUGAACGACAAAAGCGCGAGGAGGAGAAUCGGCGCCUCGAAGCUGAAAGGAUCGAACGCGAGAGAAUAGAAGCACAGGCGCGGGAGGAGGCUGAACGACGGGAACGCGAGCUCCGAGAGCGCUGGGCAGAAGAGGAAAGAGCCCGACGAGCAAAAUGGGAGGAAGAAGAACGUAAAAGGAUUGAGGAAGAGCGCGCGAGGUGGCUUGCAGAGGAAAUCGAACAGAACAAACGUCUACAGCGCGAACUCGAGGACGCACGAUUGGCUGCGGAAAUGUCGUUGCAAGCAGAGAGGGAAAGAAUAGCGGCGGAAGAGCGCGAAAAACGACUGGAGGAAGAAACGAAAGCAGCGAUCGCUGCUAUGGAAGCGAAAGAAAAGGCUGAACGAGAAGAGGCGCGGCGCAUUCGCGAGGAAAAGGACGCGGCCAUGGCGCGCCAGAUGCAAGAGGAAUCUGCAAAUACUACAGGCAAUGCAAAUCCACCGACCAGUGCACAUCAAACGCCUCAACGAGUAAACGGAGAUCUUCCCCUUUAUGACGACCCGCAAGCGGUUGCUGUAAAUCCCAUCAGCUCUCAAACACCGCCGCCACAUCACCUCAACCCACCAAUUCACGCUCAACAAUCGGUGCAUGCACCAGUUCAUGCAGCGCAUCCACCGCCAAUGCGUCCUCACGCAAACACAGUCCAUGCUAUCUCGCCCCCGCUGGUCCAUCCGCCACCACCCGAACAUGUUCAACGACCGCCUAUGCACGUAAACGUGCCAGGACAGAUGAACCAACCGAUGAGCCACCUUAUGAACCAAAGUCCAAUUCAUCAUCCCAUGAUGGGACAACCAGAGCAUCCUCCCUUCCACGCAAUGAUGCCACCUCAGCUCAGCAAUCAAAACGCUGGACCAAGUCAACCCUACCGCAAUCACUUCUUCCCUUCACAGAACGAAGAGCCUCCUAUAGCCCACCCCCCAGUCCAUCCAAACCCCGCUCAAAGUCGUCCACAGCGUACCCCGAACAAGCUCGUACGCCAAUCGAAUUCUGUCGGUGGCGGUAAUCCUAACAGGACAUCAUAUGCUCCCAACAAGCAUCACGUAGUAGCACCGCCCGGACCUUCACAUUCGCCAUCUGGCUCAGGACACUUUACUUCCUCUCCGAGUGGUAGCCGACCCAGCACUUCGACCGCCAUGGAACGUCCAAUCGGCGAGCAUGACUCGUCGCCGGGCGCAGGUCCUUCUACAAGCGCCGUUCCAUUAUCUGCACCUAUGCAUAUCCCCCCGGUCGUUCAUCCACCCGGGAUCCAAAUCCCGUCCGACCCGCUCGCAGGAAUAUUGCAUGGGUUCGGUAGACCUGUCAUUCGGCAGCAGCCACUGCCCGCGCCUACUCCUAUUGAAGACGUGAUUACUCUAAAUCCGGAACCAGCACCACCGUUCUACAUCGUAGCACACACCUGGAAGAAUCUAGUGAAGUUUAUUGCUGGACAGAGCGCAACUCGUAUCGAACCUUCGCCCGCCGCACUGGCGAGGGAGAAGCGUGGCCCUCCAAAUUUGCGACUGGUGCUCCACUUUGUAAAGAUGCCUACCGGAGACUGGCGGAUUAUUCUGUACAUGGCAGUUCAGAGCAUUAGCCCUCCUCCAGAAGACUACCCGAUAACGGAUACGUCCGUCGUACCUUGGCUUUUCCCGGCCCCUGAACCUGGUCGACCAUUGGAGAAUCUGCCAGAGACACAAAUUUAUUCAAUUCCUACAAAGCCAUUACCCGUCUUGCCUCUCUCUUUACCCCAUUUGGCACCAUAUCUCAACGCUGCUCUUGCGGAAUCCGCCCGCUCGAAUGAUUCCAGAGCCAGGCUACAAAAACUGGUCCAGGCCAGCGUGGUGGCUACACCGACUUCACUCAUAAGGAAUCCAUUCGGAUCAGCAAUGGGAAGCGCCUCAUCUUCGCAUGGAUCAGUGCACCAAGACCACGAACUGCCGGGAGGUCCGAUCAGGAUGGUGGACUCAUCGUCCGGCGGUCAUAGAAAAGGGUUCAUCACUAGAAUCUUCAGGCCUAAAUCCUCGAGUAAUGCUGGAAAGAGCGUCAACAAUGACACAUACGAUCUCGUUACGCCAUUUAGUCUUGGAGACUACGCUUGA